AUGCAAGCAAAAAUAGAAGCAGAAAGAUUGUUAUUUAUUCGUCUAAAUCAAAAUAAAUUACGAACGGAUGAAUAUAUUCACUUACGAGAUGCGGUAGCCAAUGAUGGGGAUGUUGAAAAUUUGGGACGAUUAGUAAUUUUGCCUUCUACAUUCAUUGGUAGCCCUAGGCAUAUGCUGCAAUAUGCACAAGACGUAAUGGCGUAUGUGAGAAAAUAUGGUCGUCCUGACUUAUUCAUAACGUUUACGUGCAAUUCGUCAUGGAAGGAAAUUAAAGAUGAGUUACAAUUUGGACAAAAGUCACAUGACAGACAUGAUUUAAUUGCGCGCGUGUUUAAACAGAAACAAGUAAAAUUCAUUAAUGCAAUUGUGAAGAGUUGUAUUUUCGGAAAUGUUAAUAGCUGGAUGUUCUCCAUUGAGUGGCAAAAGAGAGGGCUGCCACACUCAUACAAUUUAAUUUGGCUGAAAGAAAAAAUUCACUCAAAUCAAAUCGAUGACGUUAUUAAAGCAGAAUUCCCAAAUCCGGUUGAAGAUCCUGUUCUAUAUGAAAUAAUCGUGAAACAAAUGAUACAUGGACCUUGCGGGGCACUUAAUAUGCAAUCACCCUGUAUAAAAGAUAAUAAAUGCUCAAAACGAUAUCCAAGAUCAUUUUUGAGUGAGACGCAAACGGGAGAUGAUGGAUAUCCGCAAUACCGACGUCGACCACCGAGUGAAGGAGGAUUUACAGCAAAAAUUAGAGUACGGGGUGAAGAAAUCGAAAUUGAUAAUCGAUGGGUUGUCCCUUAUAAUCCGUUAUUAUCGAAAAUGUUUAAUGCACAUAUAAAUGUAGAGUAUUGCAGUUCAGUUCAGUCAAUUAAAUAUGUGUGUAACUAUAUUAACAAAGGAAGUGAUAUGGCUGUCUUUGAAAUUACAAAUGAAAAUUGA